CCUCCCGUCGUGACCGAGCGCCAUGGACGCGGCGGCGCGGUGACACCCUGCGCGGACCGUUACGCGGCGGCGGCGGCGGGGACGCGGCAGGUAUUUCCCGCCCGGGCGGCGGCGGGCGCCCCGGGUUUUCUUCACCAGUGUAGUGUGAGAAACACCGAUUGAAGAAGAUGAGUGAGCUGGAACAGUUACGGCAGGAGGCAGAGCAGCUGCGAAAUCAAAUUAGAGAUGCAAGAAAAGCAUGUAGUGACACAACUCUUGCUCAGAUCACAACAAGUCUGGACUCAGUGGGUCGAAUUCAAAUGCGAACAAGGCGUACGCUUAGAGGACACUUAGCCAAAAUCUAUGCUAUGCACUGGGGAUCUGACUCAAGGCUACUAGUCAGUGCUUCUCAAGAUGGAAAAUUAAUUAUUUGGGAUAGUUAUACAACAAAUAAGAUGCACGCCAUUCCCUUGAGAUCCUCCUGGGUGAUGACUUGUGCGUAUGCACCUUCUGGCAACUAUGUCGCCUGUGGUGGAUUAGACAACAUCUGUUCCAUAUACAACUUAAAAACCAGAGAGGGCAACGUGAGAGUGAGCCGAGAGUUACCAGGGCAUACAGGUUACUUGUCCUGUUGUCGCUUUCUCGAUGACAACCAAAUUGUCACCAGCUCAGGAGACACCACUUGCGCUCUGUGGGAUAUUGAAACUGGUCAACAGACCACCACAUUCACUGGGCACACUGGCGAUGUGAUGAGUCUCUCUCUAAGUCCGGAUAUGAGGACUUUUGUUUCAGGUGCCUGUGAUGCCUCCUCAAAGCUUUGGGAUAUUCGAGAUGGAAUGUGCAGGCAGUCGUUCACUGGGCACGUGUCAGACAUUAAUGCAGUUUGUUUUUUCCCUAAUGGACAUGCCUUCGCCACUGGUUCUGAUGAUGCCACUUGCCGCCUCUUUGACCUACGUGCAGAUCAGGAACUAAUGAUGUAUUCACAUGACAAUAUCAUCUGUGGAAUCACUUCUGUAGCCUUCUCAAAAAGUGGUCGCCUUUUGCUAGCAGGUUACGAUGACUUCAACUGCAAUGUGUGGGAUACUCUGAAAGGGGAAAGAGCAGGUGUCCUUGCUGGCCAUGACAACCGUGUCAGCUGUUUAGGUGUUACUGAUGAUGGCAUGGCUGUAGCUACAGGGUCUUGGGACAGUUUUCUCAGAAUCUGGAAUUAACUGGGAGCCAAACAUGUACAUUCUCCAUUUGAGACCUGGAGAGAUCAAUGCUGCAGCCUAUAGCUGUGAAAUAACAUUUCUACCUUGUAUUUGCAGGUGAAGUUUUUCUAUUCACUGAUUAUUACACAAAAAGGCUUUCUGUAAACUAUAAAAAAAAUCAAGUGAAGAAACAGGGGAGGGGGGGAAGAAAUCACUGACUUUUUAAAAGGGGCCAGCACACAUAAUCAUGGUGACCGACAAACUAAGAGCCAGUCUUUUUGUUUUUGGUGGUUUGGUUAGAUUGUCCUUGAAGGGUUUUUGCUUGUGCUCAGUCUGCUAAUCCUGUACUUUUUUUGUACAUAACAGAAUAUACACAUUAUAGCAGCCAAUCAUGUAACAUUUGUCUGUAUGUAAAGAAAUAUGUUUGCAUUUUUUAAGGAACUACGUUUAUAGCUUUGCUUUUAACCUGAGAUAUCACUUCUGGGUUUUGUAGUGGAUGAACUAGAUUGCUGUUUUAAAUGUUUUUGUGAAUUUACUGUAGAUAAAGUGAAGCCAAUGGUAUGUAUGUGUUUUUAUAAUAGAAGGCAUUUGAAUUUUUUUUUAAAAGGCCCUGGAGAGACUCCCAGUUAAGACCUAGCGCCUUUUUCACUCACUUCUUGACCUACUUGCCUACUUAAUCAUGGGGGUUAUUCCUUCAAGCCAGUGGUUCCUGGGUCAUCCGUUGUCAGUCAUGGCCUCUGAACACCAAGGAGUUAAUGCCAGGCAGAUUUUGAGCAACAGCGGGCAAAAAAAAAAAAAAAAAAAAGAAAAAAAAAAAGAAAAAAAAGUCCUGUUCCAGAAGUAUUAGCUUCCUUACUGCAGCUUUUCACAUAAGUUAUUCCAUACAGUCCUUGGGUAUGGAAGCCAAGUGACUUGCAUCGCUGUCAUUAAGUGGCUGAGUGCUUUUGCUUUUGACAAUUCAGCUCUAAAUAAGGUAGUUUUGGCCCGCCACUAACUCUAGCUGAUUUGCACUAACAGAAUGAUUUGCCAUGAUAUUUAGUGCACAGAAAGCAGUGUAUUUGCAAAGCUUGCUCUGCAAUUACUACAAUAAAUUGAGACGCUCAAGAAGACUUCACUUAGAAUUCUUAGAGAUUUAAAAUGUGCAGUUAAUUACAUAUAAUCCCCAUGAAAACCGGGGAAUUGCUGAAGAGUAGCACAAUGAAACCUGCUUGCUGUCAGUUAUGUGCAGUGUGAAUUAUAAAAGGAAUUGUGUAACUUAUAGUGAACCAAAUAACUUUACUUACCUGUGUGACCCUUUAAAAUUCUGUACUAUAAUCAUCUUAGUGAUUUGCUUGUUCUCCUAUGGUCACAGUAGUCUCUGCCAUGGGAGCUUAUUAGAUGCUAACUGUUCUGCAUUCUGACACUGUAAAUAGCCAUUUCCUCUCCUGGUCCUCAUUUAUUCUGAUUUUUUGAUGUCAGUUACUUAUAAAUGAUAGGCUCUGAUCAAGUACACUUGAGUGUAGAUAUAGGAAGAAUCAAGUGAUUGAUGCCAUUUCAAACUACCCAGGAAGAUUAACUCUUUGGUGCCUGGCAGCAUGCCUGUGCUUGUGAUGGAUGCUCUCUUGGGAAUCUGAAAGUCUGUUGCCUUUCUUGGAAAGGGGAAUUAAGUCUAUUGGCUUCUCUUAAGUGACUUAUUACAAGUAAGUGUAUUUUAAAUUAUCAAGUUGGAAGAAAUGUUAAUCUGCUGUCAUCUAAAGGUAUGGGGAGUCUGGGUAUCUUUGGGUCAGGUAGUAAAUAUAAGUGCCCAGUAUUUUGUAAUAUACCAAAACAGAUUUGUUGCCGAGACCACUAUUUGUCAAGUUUGACAUUUGUAAUCUUAAAUUUCAGUACUUCCAGACUGUGCCUGUAAACUUGCCAUGUCUACAAUGGUUAAGGUGCCAAUAAAUGUACCAAUCACAGUAAAUUCACUUUUUUUUUUAAAAGCACGUCUUGUGCUAGAAAAGUAUACACUUACUAACAGCAGACUGUGGUGUAGGACCAAAAUUACACAAUAUUGUAUGUCACAGGAAUUCCUCAGCAUUUUGCUUUAUUUGUCCGCGUUAACAGAACUAUUUAUGUAAGUAAUACUUGCUACUCUUCCAAGUGAGCAGCUCUUUGGGCUCUUGAAGAUUUGUUUAUUUUGUAGUGGUACACUUUUUUCCUUUCUCUCUCUCUCUCUCUCUCUCUUUUUUUUUUUUAAACUUCACAACUGCCUCGAGUGAAUCAUCCUGAAAAUUUAUUACUAAGGAAUUUUAAGGAAUUUUAAGACAAUAUUCUUUUCUAAAAACAAAAUCUUUUUCCGUAAGUGUUUUGAACCAAUUUCCUAGUCAGCACUGUUGCAAAGACAGGUUGCCCUUUUUACACUCUGGUAUUAAAAUUAGCUUCUGCUUAUGAAACUCCAGAAACUAUUUUACAAAUGUAUAUAACUUCUUUUCUUAAAAGUUCAGGUAGACUGUACGCCUCUCAUACAAGUAUUAUUGCAAAUAAUUUCACUAUCAUCGUUUGGUGGGCAAUUGUCUGUUGGAUGCAGCUGCUUUUUAAAAUAACUAACAAGGAAUGCCGUCUACUUGCUAAUGAGGUUUCCAAAAGCAUCAUGCAAGUACCUGCCAGCUUUUGCCAUUUGGUGACCGGGUUGCGUAGUGCUGCAGGUCCUGAGGUGGCUCCUUUGCGUUGGUGCACAAAGAAACACCCACGAAGUCCAGCUGUGGAAACAGUACCUGAUGCUUCUGAGGAACUUGCAGAAAGCUGUCUUGCGAUAGAUCCUGCCAGGUGAUACUUGCUGUUUAGUUACUGGCCUGUAAAUAGUUCAGAAAACACACACACACACACACACACACACACACACACACACACAUAAAAAAGCCUAUGGAAUUAGUGUAACACAUUGCUAUUAUAUAAGAGGGCAAAUAAUGAACUUGCAAAGGCUGUUUUUUUUUUUUUUUUUUAACAGCUGUGAACUUUGCACUUGCUAAAAGGAUGCAGUUUAAUGGUGAAAAUUCCACCCCCCUCUUUCUGUAACGAAGAUAUUAAUAAAAAUCAUGCUUUGUAGGUUGCACUCUGAAGGUUUCAUCCCGGUUUUGCAUCAAAAGAAAAUGGUAUAUGCCUGUAGUUUAACAUAGGUUUAAGUACACAGCUUAGUGUGGUUUCUAACUAACUAGUCACUAUGACAGCAAACUCAUUUCGUAUAUAGAGGAUUUUGCAGCACUAUUAGGUACAGCUGAAACUGUCCUGAAGUCUUUGUUGCCAAACUACAGCGUUACCUGAAUUUCAAAUAACGUAUGUAAUUACAGAACUAUAGUAACUUUAUGACUAUUGUGCCAAAACAAUUGGUGGCAAAAUAACUCUUCCCAGCCUUUGUAACAGAAGUAUAUCACUCACUCACGGCUUGGAAAGUGGAACUGCAUGCUUUGUAUACCAAGACUUACUUUAUUGGGGUACAAUUUUUUUGUCAGAAUUUUCUUAGGUUGAUUUAACAGCUUUGUAAGGGGAAGAUACAAAUGAGGCCAAGCACCCAGCUUCUGGGUGCGUUCUCACGUACGCUCCGCCUUCUAUUUAUUGUUAGAUAUGUUUGCUGAGACUUGGGAAACCACAAAAAGCUCCUGUAUGGCAUCUUGCUAGUGUAUACUCACUUUCAGUACCGUAAUGUGGGCCUGUUUCCAUCACGUCCAGACUCUUUUUCUUCCAAGCAUUGUUAUCAUCUGCCUUGUGCUAAAUUGCAGAUGCUUAAUACUUCUGGCAGAUCUGAUAGUUCAAUAUACUGUUUGAAAUAGGAACACGGAUUAAAUAGGCUUUUUUCCCACUGCCUAAGGAGAGGACCUGACCAUGACUUGGCAAAGCUGAAUUGAUGUAACAGCUGGUCCUAGUGUGCUUACUUGUAAUGCAUGGAUUGGAAAUAGUUAAUCUUUAAUUCAGUUAGUGUAACCGCUUGUCCCACAAUGAAGUUCACAUUAUGUUAAGGUGGAAUGAAAACAUUGUGAAAACAUUCCAAGAGUGCUUAGUCUUUCCUCUUUGAGGACACUGUCACCUCCACUAGGUUUAGUGCUGUGCUUUAAGAUGUUGGUGAGAGUAAGUAUUGGCUAAUUCAAAUAGUUGGUAUAAAUGGUUGUGUAGCAGAAUGACUGAUUUUUUUGAGAUAGCAUUUCCUGUAAAAGUAAUUAAGCAUGGGUUGAUGGUGCACUUUGUAUACAGUAAUCUGGCAUGCAUGCUGGUAAAACUACUUCCUACACUUCAGAGGCACCACAAGCCUUUUUAUCCAAUUGCUGGUUAUGUAAAAUACAUGCAGAAUGUUAAUGCAGUGUUGUUAUGGUAAAUGUGUGAACAGUGUUACUAAUUGAUAUAACUGAUAACAGAUUACAUGUGCCUGACAUUCUUAUACCACACAGUAUGUUUAGGUUUUAACUAAUACAGACUUCAGUGGAAUAGUCUUAGAUAUUUCAAGCCUUUGUUUUACUUACACAAUGGUGCUCUACUUGUGUUUCUUUUUUUUUUUUUUUUUUUUUUUUAAUAAAAGCAUCUGAACACUUGUAGUACAUAUUACAUCCAAAGGAGUCUGAAACAAAAUGCUUCUAAACAUGCUUGAUCUUACUUUGCCUUUAGUUUCCAGCAUUUCUCAUCAGAUAGCUUUUGUUUGUUAGUUUGUUUUCCUUAUUGCUGACUACUUUGGAAAAACUUCAGUAAUGUUACCAAUUAUGAAGUGAUUCUGCACUGCCUUUGGAUUGUGUAUGUAUUCAGAAACAGUCUUAAAGCUUUUAUUUAAGCUAUUAAAAAAACCAGGGACUUGUGCCAUUUGUUCUUUAACAGUGCUGUUGUAAAAAGACUUCCCUGUGAAAAAAAAAUCAUUUGCUAUGAACUCAGUUUAUAGCUUUUUUUUUUUCCACGAUGGAUCUUUUCUUUGUAUUUGUACAGUGGCUCAGUGAAAAAUGUUGCCAUGAGUUGAUAUUGUAACCAAUAAACAAGUGCUUUUAACCAGA